GAGAGGGUUUAGGGAAGUUAUGGCCUUUGGAGGAAAUGUUCCAGCCCGGGCCCCGGCGUCUGAUCCACAGGUUCGCAUCCUGAGCCGGGUCCAUCGUACUGUGCUGAGCAGGGAGUCUUCUUUGCGGCCUCUCCCGAGCUACAUGACCUUCGCGCAGAAGGCCACCCUGUGGGGUCAGGGUACUUUCGCUACCACGCCUGCAGGUCGCUCAGCGGAGAACGACGAGCCGUGCCCACGCUACUUGGCUCACAUGCUCCUGACCCCCAAGGCUCCCCACUGCAGGUCGCACCGAGCACCCCACCGCCCACGGUGUAGCGCCCCCAAUCAGCCCCCGCGCGCUUCGAGGGGACCACCACGGACACGGGACCCCGGGUGCCCGGCUCCCUUCUGCAAGUGGCCCCCGCCCUGCGCGACCCUGCCGAAUGGGAACCUGUGGCCACGGCUCUGGAGCAAGCAACGCGUCUCCCACCCUCCUGCUCCCUGCUCACCGCAGGCCGAGGGGCCUGGGAGGCGAGCGGAACACAAGAAAGGGUGCAAGGCGGAGAAGAAGACGCCUGAGGCAACGGGACGCUGGACGCCCCGAGGGGAAAGGAAGCGGGCUGAACCUCUCCUGGAUGUCCCGGAGGCCACGGGCAGAGCCGCGGUGGGUGCAGGGGACAGCUGCGGUGGGGCACAGCGGGAGGAAGACCAUCGGGAUGACCCCGUGGGUAUGCGGGGCAUGGUGGCAGAGGAGGAGGAGGAAGAAGAGGGGGAGAAAGAGGUUGGUGCUGGAAUGGAGCAGACAAUGGAGACGCGUAGCCUUACAUCUGAAAGGGAGUCGCUUCUGGAAUCUGAUGAUGACCUCUCGGGACGCGUGACGCCGCUGAGCGGGCUCUGCUCCUCCCUGGAGUCGAGCCCCGGCGCGGGGAGCUUCUCCGGCCGCUCCUCUCUCUUCUCUGGCGUCCCCAGCGCGCGCGAUAAAUGCUGGAGGCUCCUCGAUGACUUCCCUGACGAGGUGGUGGUGGUGGUGAACCGGUGUGACGUUCAGGUGCAAGGUGCUCAAGAUGUAUCGGCGCUGACCAGCAGGAGCAGCUCCAACUGGAUUGAGUGCGGAUCUGGCCCCUUGAGCCGGCGGAGAUGUGGUGAAGCCGAUGCGGUUGGAUGCCCCUACCCCGUCUUACCACCCAUCUCCCCGCGUGUCGGCUCAGCGUUUGCGUGUGUCAGCGACACGGUGGGGGACAAAGCAGUGGAGCGAGCAUGCAAGGAGGAAGGCGACUCUGAGACUCCUCCUGAUCCCGCAGCCCUGAGCCAGGAAGCAGGAGACACCGCGGGCAAACUCCCAGCUGAUUGCCAGGGGUCACCGGAGAAAACGAAACGUGCAGAGGGGCCACGAGUGGGAGAAACCACAAGCUCCAGGCAGGAGGGGUGGGGCAUCCUUCUCGACCUGCUCCCGUCGGGGGAUGCGAUGGACUUCUGGUUGGCGAGAGCCGACGAGUCCUGGGGCGAGACGGGGCAGCGGGAAGACGACGACGACGAUGGGGAGGUGGUGGUGGAAGAGGAGGAAGGGGAGAGGAUGCCCGCUCGCAAGGAGCGACACAACGAGGAGGUGGAUGCACGUGAUGGCGUGAAAACAACAACAACAACCACUCCUGACAUGUGCCACUCAUCACCACCGGCAACUCUCGUGCGGGCUGCAUCCUGUGACGAGCGUGGAGACGUCCAGGCCUGCGACGUCCCCUGCCACUCCACGCGUCGCCCCUGCCGUGCCGCGACGUUCCGCUCGCACGGCACAGGUGAUGUGACGUCCAACGCGUCGUUAGUUCCCGCCGCUGAAGCCUCCUCCAGUGGCGAGGGACUCUCUCCCGGUGGGGAGAAGGCCUGCGCCCGGGAAGCGGUGCCCGAGGAGCGAGAGCGGCACGGGAGCGGGGAGAGGGACGGGGUCGUCAUGGAGGAAGGCCCCGAGCGGGGCCGCGAGGAGUCGAGGGAGGCCCGGGAGCGACGGUUGGAGCGGGCCGAGGGCGUCGCGCGGGCCCAGGCGCUGCUGCAGCGACUGCGCGACGCCGAGCGGCCGGCGGUGGCCUCGAUCCGUGGCGGUGGCGGCGGCAGCGGGAGCCCCAACCUCUCCAACUUCGACGACUUCGAUUUUCUGGCCAAGUACUGCAUCUUCAACCAGCAGGCCCUGGGAGAAUACCAGCUUGCGUUCUCUGCCGUGGAUGAGGACGAGGACGGGUACCUGUCGGGAGCCGAGGUGUGUGUCGCACUCAAGGCGGUGCUGCCCCCCGGCUCGCUGUCCGACGCCGAGGAGAUGUACGUCUACCGUGUUUUGGAGAUCGUGGAUUACCGCGUCGCCGACGGGCUCACCGACUUCCGCCUGUUCGCCGUGAUCGCCAGCCUCGCUCGCCGCAUAGCCGCCCUCGAAUUGUUGGGGCAAGUGCUGUUAGCGAGCACCUAUGAAGGCCGGCACGGCACACGAGGGGGUGGGUGGCCAGCACUACGCCCGAACGAUUUUCUCUCCCUAGUCGUAAUGUUUACACACCGCUCCAGGUACUCAUUUGAGGCUGAGUCGACCGAGGUCCAGGACCAGUUCAGAUGAUCGUCACCGGUGUUGCCCGUGAGCCGGGAAACCGAACUCGGGUCUCCGGGUUCGUAGCACGGCGUAGCGCUAACCGCUGCACCACCGCUCCCCGCCGCACAAGACAAUACCCUCACACACAACCCCGCCCGCUUCUGACGCUCAUGCUCUGAUCAUUAUUUGUGUCAAUAUUGGUGAUGAACGCCACCUACCCCCCCCCCUUACCCCCGCCGUUAUCCACACUAACGCGCAGGUGUCCGCCCACACCCCACCCGAGUUGUAAAACAGGUGAGAGGCGCGUGGCCGCGCACCUGUGCUUGCCGAUCAGCACGCGCCUCCUGCUCUCGCAUCGCACCUGCGCCGUGAGCGCUGUGGCAGGGCGGGCUGUAACUCACGAGAGAGAGAGAGGGACACACACACAGUGGUUUCAGUGUUUCUCGAGAGAGAGGAGAGAGAGAGAGAAAAAAAACCCGCACACACCUCCAGGGUCGUGAGGUGGGCUCCCCUAGGCUCGCGGUUGUUUUAGACUUUCGCUGGUUGACAUCCCGUUCAUAAAUCAAUCUAAGCUCUCUGGCUCGUUACUGUGAUUCGGUAAAUAAAUUUGAGAAAAUUCCCGUUGGAGUGUUCGGGACUGCGUCGACCGAUCGCAAUGCGCACGUCGAAUGGCGGUUGUCUGGGCCACGUUUACUGUCGCGCCGCGUGUCGCUGAAGAUGGGAAGGGAUAGACACUGGAGCAUAGAUGCACACAGGACAAUCAUUUACUUUUCUGCCGUCUGUUAACAUCGUACACUCGCAGCAGCUUCUCACACUUUUUUGUUUCAUGAAGAAUGGCCUACCCAUCAAAGCACUAUGCAGGCCAAAAACCUGCUUGGGUUCAUAAUAGAGGUGUUUUGGGUUAGAUCGCUUCAAUAGAAAUGUGUCGUUAAAACCGCCACCACCCGACACAGCCAAUCAGUAAGAUUUGCCACGUAAACAGAACUUGCCAAUUAGUAACUAAUUAGCAAUUAGUAAGAAAUUGCCCUGUUCUCUUUACGAGUACAGGACAUCGGUGUGUUGGAGAGGAAUUUUACAUUGCAUGGGAAUUCUAAAUGUUGCGGGCACACCUCUGUUCAGGUUCCCAGAUCGGAUGAGACCACGUGCACCGUGGAGAUUUGUUCACGUGACCAAAUUAAUUAGAGCACAAAGAAGGUCGGAAUUUUAACCCUCCAGUGCCAGGCACCGGCUACCAAAAUACCAAGAAGAGCCAUUUGGAAUUCUGUUGUAAAAAAAC